AUGAUGCAGAUGCAGCUUGGGUAUUUUUGAGGCUGCGAUUAAUUGUCCUGAAGGCAACUCAAGAAAGUAGUCGGGCUGUCCUGAAACAACUUUCGAUCGAUUGCUGUCCGCGCAGCCUCUUUUGCAAUGAAAGACAGCGAGAUCGAAGACGAUGCGGCCCUCGUUGACUCGUUCUUUUCACCAGGCGGUCUCUUCGCGGACGAAAACAACAACAACAACAACAACAACAAUAAUAAUAGGAGUGACGAACGGAGCAACAGCUACGAUGUUCGGAUCGACCCAAUGCCUCCCGCCGCUACGAUUGCGAGGCCCGCUGUGCUAUCUAGUCCCCUUCCAAAUAAUCCUUGGGAAUCAGAAACAGCAGCUAAAAGUCAGACUCCUACUAAUACUGUUGCUGCGCAAGCGAUGGAUUCGAGAAUGGCGUCGCUGUCGACAGGGAUGAACGAUCCUCAAUUUUAUCAACAACUCCAUUUAUCCCUGUUGCCCACAAACGACAUUUUCCGCGCCAAGCAUCUCCGACUCGGUAGCAGCGACAAUAAUGGCAAUCGAUUCGACCACGACAGAGAAAUACAUACAUUAAGAACAGCAACUAGCGAGGACUCGGUGUUUCGCCCAAACCAAACUGAAACAAUCCCAAUCGGAGGCACGAGUCCAAACGGAAAUGGCGCAGCCAUUGCUGCUACCAACAGAACCACCAUCCCGAACGCUGGAAUCAUACUGCGUCCACCACCCGGGUUUCGAACCCUCCAAGCGGGGGAUCCUGCCAACGAAACCGCGUUCCUCGCCAACCCGGGCCGGUACCCACCCGGCGCAAUGGCAGCCAACCGCAACAGCAACAAACCAAUCUCGACUGAAGUUCGAAUGCCGACCAGCAACAGCGCUGCCAUUGGAAACGAGCCUGCCUUGCGAGAACCGGCGCAUUCACUCCGAAAGGCUGGCAACGACAAAAUCGGCCCGUCAGCAACCAACGAUUCGAACGCUGUGCCCUUUCCGAUGUCGAAUAUUCUUUCUCCCACCAUCACGAAUGCGGUAGACGCGCAUCUCCGAAACCCGUCGGUGGCACCAAACAAUAGAAACACCACGAACGAUGGUGUGGGACUGCCGCCCUCGCAAGUCUCUACCAGUGGCCAGAGGAACGACUGCGAACGAAAGGAACGAAUGCCGAGCAAUCCCAUCGGUCGCGAGAUGCAAUUUGAUGGAAAACCGCUCGCAUCCGAAUCGGAAUCCGAUCCAAACGGAGAGGGACUCCAAGAAACCCCAUUGCGCAUCGCGAUCGAAUCCGAAGCAAUCCUACCAAAGCCCAUCGCUUUUGUAGGAGAGGAGUACGUCGACGAAAACGGGGACGAGGUCGACCCCGACGAAGAAGACUCGGAAGAAAAUUCCAUUCCAUCGACCAUUUGUCGGAGCUCUUGCAUAGAAUCGAACACUUCGUCUCUGAGUACGUUUGGCGAUCCAGACAACAACUCUGAUUACUCUUCCAACGCUAGUGGUGAUAGCCACCACAACAAUAGCAAUGGGUUUAGAGACGAGGGCAUUGGAUACGACACGGACCAAGCGCACGUUUCUCGAAUUGCCGGAAUCGUGGGGGACGGCAGCAUAUGCAGCGGUGCCGGAAAUGCUGGAGCGACCGACAAAGAGGAAUCUUCGAGCCCGGACCCAAGCCAUCUCUGCUCGAAAGGUCAAACACUCAGCGAGGCUCCUUCGGCGAGCGUUGCGUUUCGUCGUUCCCCGAAGGGAUACACCGUAUAUCAAUUCUGGAGAAGCCUGCUCGCUGCCAUUCGAUCCCUCGUGGAGCGUGUUGCAGCCCGCUGCCGGGCGGUUGGCACUGCAUCGAUCGCUGCAGUUCGGGAGUCCUCGGUCGUGGCAUCCGCGAGAGACCAACAGGAACGGCUUUCGAAGCGAGCCGAGAAAUUGGCGCAAGAAUUUCGUAUUGUAUGGAAUGCUUUUGUCGAGGCCAAAGAAGUCUGCGCAGCCUUGCUGAUACGACUGCUGGGGGUCACUCGCGAGGCUAUUCAAAUAGCGGCGAAGGCUUCCGCAAUAGUUUCAAAGGUCUCCGCCAUGGUUCUUUUCUUUCUGCUCGAAAUGCUAAAGUUUGGACUGAUCGAGGCGGUAGAAGAAUUUGGAGGAGUCACGAUGUGCUACAUAGCACUCUGUGUGCUGCCAGAAGCAUGCAUUCUGCUCAUGGACUACGUCACUAUUCCCCACUGGACGCCUCACGUCUUCACAUGGACGACAAUCCGCUCGCUCUGCUGCCUGGUAGAGGGAGGAACUCUGCAUGAAACGGCGGGUCUUUCGUUGGCUUCUCUGGUGAGCAAGCUUUUCAAGGCUUCACGGCUGGCACCAGUCCCCGCUCCGAGCAGCGUGGGCUCUCCAAAUUCGCCUUUGAUGGCCACAGCCGCCCAACGAAACCUUUCGUCGAACCGCGAAAAGCGAAACGAAGCGCACAAGAUCGGACGAGACAAACACGCUUGCUCCUUCGUUUUGAAGAUGCUAAGGAGGAUGGUUCCGGGCUUCUUUGUCAUUGAGGGAUUUUCGUCCGAGUUCGGAAGCAUCCUGGGCGUGAGCAGAACCAAUCGUAUGAUCACGGCCUACAACAUGGUUUUAGUUAGGAAGUGUCUAAUAAAAUCUCCGAUCGGCUGGAUCAGCUGGGCCCUCCAGGUGUUGAUCGCUACCUACUUUCGUUCCUGGGGUUUCCUCGAUUGCUUUAUAGUGGUGAUUGGMUUGUCUUCCAUUCGACUCAUUCGCUAUAUCGAGGCACAACGGUUGGAAGGGAAGCAAACGAGACAGAAAAACAAAUUGAAAUAGAUGAAGACGAGAUCGUUGGGGAAUUACUAAUUUUGGCUAAUUGUGGGAUUAUUA